UGUGAUUAAAUUUGGGAGGAUUGUCAUCUCCACUGGAAGACAGGAAGCAAAGUCUUGAUCAUGUGUAUUCUGACUCUGAAGUGCUCAGGUGUAUCAGGCUACAAUAAAUGAGGGCAGGAGCCUUCCCAGGGCAGCUUGCAGCAAAGAACCCUGCAUGUGUCUUGGACAUCAAAUCUGACUCCAUGUCUCAAUUUCUAUGCAAGUCUACAGGUAUACUACAUUUCCUUGCUUUCAGAGUAUAUGAGGAGGGGAAGAAUUCCUUUCUGGCCAGCCCUGCCAUUAGACAGAGUGCUUCCAGAUGUCAUGAAAGGGCAUUCAAUUAGUAGUCACUGAUUGGGCAUUUUUACUGCCAAGGAGUAGGAGGAGUGAUUGCGGGGCUCCACAUUAACUUUGCUUGCAUUGGUUACAAUGCAAUCUGGUAGGCUGGGAAUAGGGGUAGAGGAAGCCCUUUGCUGCUCUGCCCCUAGCACUUUCUUGGGCUAGCACUUUCUCUAACAUGGUGUGCUUGCCUUCCUCGAGGCUGUUUGCCUGGUGUCAAGAAGGAAAAUGUCUUUAAGCACAAGCAAACAGCUUCUGUCUCAGCUUGGAAACUAGGAAACUCAUUGGCUAGUGAAAGAAACAUCCAUGAUCCCAUUGCUGCUUGCAUGGCAACAACAUGGAAGCCGUGGGCCAUUCGUUGGAUGUAGAUAGAAACUGUAUUCACAGAUGUAUACCUAGUGAUAAGCCCCUCUGUGUGAGACCAGCUAAGCAACCCCAGGAGAGUCAUUUUGCUGCCACAGAAGAUAAAAGAGUUGUUGUUUCUUUCCCAUAGUUUCCUUGGCUCUGCCACAUGCCCUUCAUUUCAGCUUUCUGAAAAUCAGAGAUCAAUAUUGCCUGCCUAUUGUUCUAUUUCCAUCAUUAUGAACUGGUUUGAGGACCAUGAUGGUUGAAAAGUAAUAUACAAAUAUUCCAAGUAAAUAAAUAAAUAGGACAAGGAACACAAGGGGCUCUGGUGACAAAGUGUGCCAGCCCAGUGACUAAGAGUUGGCACACAAGAAGUUGAGUACCUGUGCAAGGUGAAGCUCUAGAAAAUGAAUGUCACAGUGUAUUGGCUGCUGGUACUUCUGGUGCUGCCCUUUUGUUCCUCUUUGCCUCGGCUAUCCGAAAGGGGCGAAUGCUUGUUAGAAAACCAUAAACUACGACAGAAGCUGAAAGCCCUCCAAGAUGUAUCCCAGUUAUAUGAAUUCCAGCUGAAAGACCUAUUGGGGAACAACUAUCACAGGCAAACCAGCAAGAUCUUCUCUUCCAGACAGACAGAACAGAAGGACCUUUUUUUGCCCACGACUAGUGGGAGUCUCUUAGUCUAUAAUCAAGAUUGUGCAAUGGUGUUCCGCAGUGGGAAAAGGGAAAGUGCCUACUACCGAAUCAGGCCCCGAGCGGACAGAGAGCCUUUCCUCGUGUACUGCGACAUGUCAGAUGGAGGUGGGUGGACCAUGAUCCAACGGCGGAGCAACGGCAAAGAGAAUUUCUACAGAAAAUGGGAUGAUUACAAAGAAGGGUUUGGACGAUUCCAGUGCAAGAAUGAUGAAUAUUGGCUGGGAAAUGAUAAGAUCUAUGAUCUGCUGUUCAGAGGAGAAAACUCACUGAAAAUUGACCUGAUGGAUUGGCACGGAGAGAGUCGAUAUGCAAUUUAUGAGGAUUUUCAGAUGAGCAAUGAAAUGAACAAUUACAGGAUAGGCUUUGGCACCUUUUCUGGAACUGCUGGGGAUGCUUUGUCCGGAGGGAGCAGCUUUGACAGCCAGUGGUCUGCAUCACUCCAUGGGAUGCCAUUCUCCACUCCUGACAGGGACAACGACCGGUUCCUGGCAGGCAAUUGUGCUGAAGAGCACAAAUGUGGCUGGUGGUUCAACAGAUGCCAUGCAGCAAAUCUCAAUGGAUUAUACCACAAGACUGGGAACUACACAGGCCCUUCUGACAAUGGAGUGGUUUGGUCAACAUGGCGAGGGUUGUGGUAUUCCCUAAAAUACACAGCCAUGAAAGUCAGGCACCAAUCGUUUGUGGAUGGAGAGAGUGGAGAUGGCGAAACCAAAUAAAAGAGCCAGUGUGGUGUGACAGCCAGUGUGGUGUAGUGGUUAAGAGUGUGGGACUUGGACUCAGGAGAUCUGGGUUCUAGUCCUCACUCAGCCAUGGAGCCAACUGGGU